UCUCUCAUAAAUGGCGAGAGAGAAACUCUUGCAAGUCCAUAACCGCAAAAGUAUUCAUUUCCUAAACAUUCUCUAUAAACGGCGCGAAUCCCCUAGCCAUUUUUCGUGAGCUUGAUCCACUUUGUUUACGCCUCUGUUUGUUUCCAGGGAAGCGGCUCUGGUUUCCCCGAGAAAAAGGAAAAGAUCGAAGCUAGAUUCGAGGUUCACUCCGUGACUCUUUAAUUACAAUUACUUGGCCGUUAUUCGAUCUUCUGUUCGAUCUCUAUUGUUAUUGCCGAUCUCCUUUUGGGCCAGUAUUGUGAUAUGUUGGACUGUGAUUGCUUUGUGCUUCUUUUGUGCUAGAAUUAUGGAUUUUGUUCGUUUUUGGUGUUCAAUUAUGAUGCGGACUGGUGUAGAGUGAUGGAUCUGCUUGGCUCAUCUUUCGGAUCUUGACAUUUAAAGCACAUUAUCUGCUAUCAUGAGAAGUUACUGGUGAAGGUUCUGCUGAUAAAUUGAGAACUAUCAGUAAAAAUGUCUUCCUCAAGCAAGGCUGAUAAGAAAGCAGCUAUUGAUGCAGCCUCAUGGAUGUUCAAUGUCGUCACCUCUGUCGGAAUAAUUAUUGUUAAUAAAGCCUUGAUGGCUACAUAUGGUUUCACUUUUGCUACAACAUUAACAGGACUCCACUUUGCUACCACAACCUUGUUGACUGCCUUGCUUAGGUGGCUGGGAUAUAUACAGGCUUCUCAUCUACCAUUUUCAGAGCUACUAAAAUUCGUUCUCUUUGCGAACUUCUCAAUUGUUGGAAUGAAUGUGAGCUUGAUGUGGAACUCUGUUGGGUUCUAUCAGAUUGCAAAGCUGAGUAUGAUACCAGUAUCUUGUCUUCUGGAAGUUGUAUUGGACAAGGUGCGAUACUCAAGGGACACAAAGCUCAGCAUAGGAUUAGUUCUCCUUGGUGUUGCAGUAUGUACUGUCACGGAUGUGAGUGUCAAUUUUAAAGGUUUCAUGGCUGCCGUAGUGGCGGUUUGGAGCACCUCCUUGCAACAAUAUUAUGUGCAUUUUCUUCAACGGAAGUAUUCUUUAGGAUCCUUCAAUUUAUUGGGGCACACUGCUCCAGCGCAAGCUGCAUCUCUUCUGAUAGUUGGUCCCUUUCUGGACUACUGGUUAACAAAUCAAAGAGUCUAUGCAUAUGGCUAUAGUCUUACAUCAGUGUUAUUCAUAAUCCUAUCUUGUUCCAUUGCGGUGGGAACAAAUCUUAGCCAGUUCAUAUGCAUUGGAAGGUUUACAGCUGUGUCAUUCCAAGUGCUUGGCCACAUGAAGACUAUUCUUGUCCUGGUCUUGGGAUUCAUAUUCUUUGGGAAAGAGGGUCUCAAUCUGCAUGUAGUUUUGGGUAUGAUGAUUGCAGUAGCAGGAAUGAUUUGGUAUGGUAAUGCUUCAUCCAAACCAGGAGGGAAGGAACGCCGCAGUCUUUCAAUGUCUAACAGUAAGUCACAGAAACAUGCCGGGUUAUCAGAAUCCAGUGAUGCAGAUGAGAAGGUCUAGAAUCCAGUGAAAGAUUGGAAGGCAAAUGACAUGGAUAUCAACUGAUCACUCAGAUAUGCUUUUCCAGAUAUUACUCUAAACUUAGGUCAGAAUUCUUGAUUAUCAUAAUUUUUUCCCUUUUGCAGAAGAUUAGUUUUCCUUUGAGGGGACAGGAUACUAUUGGUUCUUGGGGUGCAAGAUCCCCUUAAAGUUACAUUAUUUAACUGUGAUAAUUUCCUAUAAUAAUUUAUUUGCUUAUUCAAUUCCUAGAUGUUUGCUA